GAAAAGAACAGUGGUCAUACAAAUGGAGGUUUAAAUUCCCAGUUGAUGAGACUAAAAUAAUGUUUAAAAAAAUAUACAUUAAAAAUGGAUACUGUCAUUGCCUAUCCCUAGCCUGGUUGAGGAGUUUAAAUGGGCAAAAGUGAGGCUUGAGAUGUCACUCACGGACCCCAUAGUGAGAGGCACUGCUCCCACCCUAGCAACGGGGAAGAAGUGGACCCCAGCCACAUCUGUGCUACAGGCAAAAUCCACUGUUCGGCAUUGUAACGUGGUGGUCUUUUUAGACCUUGCCAACGCCUUUGGGUCAGUUCCGCACAAGAUCUUGUGGAUGGCCUUCAACUAUUUCAGCGUACCAAACCACAUCACAGGACUGGUCACGACUUACUUUCAGGAUUUACAGUUUUGUGUGACAGCUGAAAACACCACCACAGCCUGGCAGCACCUGGAAAUUGGAGUUAUGGCAGGCUGCACAAUUUCCCCUCAGGCAUUUAUCAUGGCAAUGGAGUCGGUCAUGCGGGCAUCCCGGUGGGUAGUGGAAGAUGAGAGACACAAGAGUGGCCUUUGUCUUCCUCCCAUUAGGGCCUACAUGGAUGACAUGACCAACAUUACAACAACAAAACCAUGUACUAGGCGAUUGCUACAGAAGCUCCAGGAAAACAUAGAAUGGGCAAGAAUGGAGUUUAAGCCAAGUAAAUCUCGCAGCAUCUCCAUCAUAAAAGGAAAACUGACAGCCGAGCAAUUCUAUAUCAGUGGAGAACCAAUUCCAACAGUCUUAGAGAAGCCCAUAAAGAGCCUGGGACGGUGGUAUAAUGCAGACCUCAAUGAUAUGUGGCAACUAGAACAGCUAAGGCAGAACUUGGCUGAUGACCUCAAGCAGAUUAACAACACUGCACUCCCAGGGAAACUGAAGCUCUGGUGUUUCCAGUUUGGGUUAUUACCCAGACUACUGUGGCUGUUGACAAUGUACAAGGUCUCACUCAAUCAUGCCAAUCGACUAGAGAGGCUAGUGAGCUCCUAGGUUAAGAUGUGGCUCGGACUUCCCAAAUGCCUCAGCAGCGUUGGAAUCGACUAUACAUCUUUUUUUGGUUUUGUCACCUUGUACAAGACUUCUGGCAGAGAUUAUAUGUCUUUAUCUCAGAAAAUAUAUUUAAAGGAUUUGCACUGUUAUGGAAAUAUGUAUUAUUUGGUCUCCACAAAAACCAAAGACAGUUCAACAUUGAUAACAGAUAUGAUUAACUUGUUAAUCUUAAUGGCUAAAUUUCAUAUUCACAAAUCCAAAUGUUUAGGAAGAAAUUCCUCUUUUUAUGUAUACGCCUAUGAGCUUUUGCAAUAUCUUAAUUCAAUAAAGAACACUACUAACCCCAAAAAUGUAAAAACUAUGGUUGUAUUUGACAAAAUGAAGAUCCUUCAAUCACUUUACACUUUGGCUUAAUCAGUUAAACUUCUCCCCCUAGCAUAUGUAUAAUGUAGGUAGGUUCUGAU